GUCUGACGGCGGUCGUCGACUGGUGUUCUUGUUCCAUGCGUGCGCGAAAGCAGAAGAGUUCUUUAGCUCGAUAACAGAAAUUUAAUACCGGUUUUGCUGGAAGCAGGAUUAAUUAGUGGCAAUAUUUCGAAUACUGUGCAUUUCGGAUAUUUUAACCAGUAAAAAUGGUGGAACAACAGAAGCAAAGGAUCGAGCUGGAAUUGUCUCGCCGCGUAGAUGAAUUGGACCGCACAAUCUUGCGUAAGAUGCAGGGCGAAAUGCACGAAUGUGCUGCACGUUGCUGUAGGGAUACCAACGCCAGUAUGGAUUCUGUACAGCGCUGCAUAGAGGCAUGCUCGACACCGGUACAGCGUGCUCAGCAACAUGUGGAGCAAGAGUUGGGCAAUUUCAAUAAUCGCCUGCAACGUUGCGUCAUGGAUUGUAAUGAUUCCAUAAAAGAUAAAAUGGGUCCCAAACCGUCAGACGAGGACAUCUCCAAGUACACCUCGAUGUUCGAACGCUGUGCAAUCAAAUGCGUUGACAAACAUGUAGAUAUACUGCCUGGGUUGUUUAAAUCCAUGCACCAGGUGCUAGGGAACAAAUAGAAUAGCCCAUCGAUGCAUUUAGACCUGCUUGUGUUCUUCAAUUAGGUUUGUACAGGAAUUGAUUAGGAGCAAAUCAAUGAAACGACCAGCUAUAAUAAUUUGCAGUCAGGAUGCAUUUCACAGUUGACAUUAAAAAUUGUUAUCGUUUACAAUAUUUCUGGAAUUAUAUUAAAGUGUACAGAAUA